UUGUUUUUCAUUUAUAUAUUCGAACGUAUGAUGGCUUCUCUGAAGUGGUUGCUGUUUUGUUCCAGCAGGUCGUUCGGGACACUAAAAAACACGAAUCAUAUCAUCUCCAACAAGAGGACUUUUCUGAUGCCUAAACUGACUCUUUUCAAUCAUGUCAACGGCAGGCUUGUUAAUGUUGGUCGACAGUCAAGCUCUACAGCAGCUGGAGCAGAAAAAGGGGAAGAAUCUGUUCUCAAAUGGGUCCUGCUGCUGAUCCCAGUUACUGCCUUUGGUCUUGGCACAUGGCAGGUGAACCGUCGUAAAUGGAAGCUGCAGCUGAUUGAUGACCUGAAGAGACUGACCACGUCGACGCCCAUUCCUCUUCCUCCUGAUCCUCUUGAAGUGAAUAACCUUGAGUAUAGACAGGUGAGAGUCCGAGGGCGGUACGACCACUCAAAGGAGCUGUACGUUAUGCCCCGUUCAAUUGUCAACCCAGAGAAAGAGGCCAGAGAGGCCGGCCGGCUGAUGUCCAGCGGAGAUACGGGGGCAAAUGUCAUUACCCCGUUCCACUGUACGAACCUCGGAGUCACAAUCCUGGUGAACAGAGGGUAUGUUCCCCGACAGAAGAUCAGACCAGAGACCAGGAUGAAAGGACAAGUGGAAGGUGAAGUAGAAGUGGUUGGUGUAAUCAGAUUGACAGAGACUCGUAAACCCUUUGUACCAAAUAACAACGUGGAGAAAAACCACUGGCAUUAUCGUGACCUGGAGGCCAUGGCCCGUGUCACUGGAGCAGAGCCCAUUUUCAUUGAUGCCGACUUCGCGAGCACAAUUCCUGGUGGACCAGUAGGUGGACAGACUCGCGUCACGCUGAGGAAUGAACACAUGCAGUACAUAAUAACGUGGUAUGGUUUAUGUGCAGCAACAUCGUACUUGUGGUACAAGAAGUUCAUCAAGAUUAAAUUGUAAUGGAAUGUGUUGAGGUUCUGACACCGAAGUGCACCUUUUUUACAUUAUUUUGACUUUCCAUCGUAGUAGUAAUAAAUGUUCAGU